UCCAGGACCACGUCUGCUGUCUGCGCGGCCUUAGGGCCGCCCUCCAGGACCACGUCUGCUGUCUGCGCGGCCUUAGGGCCGCCCUCCAGGACCAAGUCUGCUGUCUGCUCGGCCUUAGGGCCGCCCUCCAGGACCACGUCUGCUGUCUGCUUGGCCUUUGGGCCGCCCUCCAGGACCAAGUCUGCUGUCUGCGCGGCCUUUGGGCCGCCCUCCAGGACCAAGUCUGCUGUCUGCGUGGCCUUCGGGCCGCCUUCCUGAACUGUCACCUGAACCAUUUGCUUGUGCCAAUGAGAAUGCAAAUGUUCCUGGGACAUUCACAUUAAGGUUGACCAGAUUAUAGGGAACAGAAACUUCCACGUGACUCCCUGAACAUCCCUUUAACCACCUCUGAUUUUCUAAGACUCGCACAGACGUUCAGACCGACACAUUCAACACUUCUGAGACUGAAGGAAGCUGCUGAGAUGGAGCCAGAAGGAGAGAUUUAUGUCAACCUGGAAGAGCUGAGACGCACUCUGGACAGGACUGAGAAGACCGGAUCCAAACCGGUGUGGUCGGACUCUGUGGCUGAGGAGGAAACUGAAACCUGGUCCCCGUUUAAAGUGGCCGCGGUUUGUCUGGGACUGCUGUGUUUGGUCCUGCUGACCUCCGUCGUGGGCGUCGCUGUGACCUAUGACCAAGACUUCAUUCAGUGGUCCAAAGACCUGGCCAAUCACACCGCAGAGAGAGACCAGCUCCUGGCCAGAAACCGGAACCUGACGGAGGAGCGGGACCAGUUAGAGACCAGUUUAAGGGGAGCAGAACUGGAGCUGAACAGAAUGAAGAAGGAUUCUGUGACGUGUCCUGAUGGGUGGAGGACGUUUGGCUGCAGCUGUUACCUGUUAGCAGCAGAGAGGAACACCUGGUACAGCAGCAAACAGCUGUGUAAGGCCCACACAGCAGAGCUGGUGAGCAUCAACAGCCGGGAGGAAAUGGUGUUUCUCAAUGAGCUGGGAGACAAUCUAAAGUUCUGGAUUGGUUUAAGUCAAACACCCAUCAACAGUAUGUGGACGUGGACCGAUGGAAGACCAGCAGGAGUCAUGUACUGGCAGCGUGGACGACCAGUCUGGAGCACCGUGAGGACCCAGAGAUGUGCAGCUUUUAACAGCUUUUAUACUGGGACCUAUUCUAUGGAGUCAUGGAGCAGCGAGGAGUGUGCUUUGUACCUGCAGUACGUCUGUGAGAAAGAAGCCGUUCCCUCCAGGACGGAAAACUAGUGACAGUUAUUCACCUUUACUUCAAUCUAAAUACAAAAACCCCAUCUCACCUCCUUAAUGAUGAAUAUUUAUCCCUAUGAGCUUUAGAACCAGAAGAAUACACACUCACCUCCUACUUUACCAGGUUCAGCUUCUAGUACCGGG